AUGUCAGCCUUCAACGAUUAUUGCACGGUUUGUGGACAAUUGAUCCAGCGCGAUGUGGCCGAAGACGAGCUGCUUGACGAUAGACUAUACUGCUCCUCCCAGUGCCAGGAAAACGACAGACUCAAUGUAGAGAACUUCAAGUUGUCCAACGAACUUUCGGGAACUCCAGCCUCGCUCAUACGUUCGCCGCUACUACAGCCUGUUGAUGGGUCACGUGCCAGCCAUAACAGUCUCAUGGAAAGUCUGGGCCGUGAGCAAGAGCAAGACGAUUACGACUACGACUUCGAGCUGGAGAUGCCAUUGGACAACGUCAUGAUAGGCAGCGGGCCCGCCAUCCCAAUGAUGACCAUCCCUCGCUCUGUAUUGGGCAGCGACAGCACCUCAAAACCAGACGUUGUAUGCGAUAAUACUGCAGAGGAUAACUAUAAACUGUGGCUAAAUUAUAACCUCACAAGCUGA